AUGUGCCAAAUGAUUUUAAAAUCUGACAAUGAACGACAUAGUUAUGGCCCGGACAAGCUUAUUCCGCCAGCCAGCCAGCCCGCCAGCCAGCCCGCCCGCAUUCGCCAAUCUAAUAACCAGUUUUUUCCUUCGGAAAACCUGGUUAAAAAUAAUUUGGUAGGCCUAAACAGAAACUUUGCUGAAAUUGACAACAGAGGGGAGGUGGACUUACGACUGGAGGAUGUGUUUAGUACAAAAAAGAUGGCAAAAUUGUUACGGCCUUACAUACAGAAAGAAGUCAAAGAUGCUCAAAACAGAAAUGAGCUGCUUGUUCCACUUCAAGAAUACAUAAUUAAAGAAAUUCAUGCAUACUUUGUUGAAACAACAAAUGCAACUAUUGAGACGGAUACUAAGGACAAGAAGACAACAAAUAAAACUAUCAAGACAAAUAUAAAGGACAAGAAAAAAUCUGAAAGAAGACAAGGCAAGUCAGGUUCCUCACCUCAAACAUUCCAAUUAGAUAACCCAACUGAAAAUGAUGUUAGAAAAAUAUACACUAUUUUAAGGAACCAUGGUACAAGGGUAGAACAUAUGUCUGUUGAAUUAGAGAAAAACAUCAAAGAUUUGAAUACAAAAAUUGACAAGAUAGAGGAUAGGUUAGACAAAGGAAUACACACUAUUGUAGAACAAUUCUUGCAUAAAAAACUGGGAGGUAUACAAAACAAUCUGACAGUUUUGGCAGAUCUGUUCCAUGAUUUAGAAUACAAAACUAGGACUGUCAGGAAUGAACACAUCGAGUACAUCAUAGACGAAAAGGUGCAAUCCAUGAAGAGUGAUAUCAUGGCAAAAUUGCUGCAUGAAUCAAGUCCUAUAAGGUCUGAGCUUCAUCAUAAACUUGAAGAAGUAAAAAGAACUCAAAGAGUCAUUUGUGAAAAUCAUACGGAAGAAAUUCAGAACAUUCAUGAGAAAUUGGUGACUAUGCUUGAUCAAAUUCAGGAAAUAAAUGGCUCUCUAUUCAGUCAAAUGACCAGUACAGAGUUGACAAAGGUGUACAAUGACACAGCGGAUUUUGUAAGAACAAUAAAAGACUCGUGGAUAAUGGUGAAUGACAACUUUGAGAGAUCCAAAGACAUGUACGACAGACUGGAAAACCUAAAUAGGUUAUAUGCUGAUGUAGAAACUUCCGUGCGUGAGGCUUCUGAAGAAGAAAAACAGAGUUCUGGGGCAAUAACUGACAUUAAAGCUCAGCUUGAGGUACUGAAAGAAAAGAUAACUGCAAUUGAAUUUAAUGACCGGAAUGCUUUUAAUUUUACUCACAGCGAUAAGAGAAAUGGCUGUAAAAAUGGCAGACACUAUGUUAGGCUUCUGAAUGUGUAUCUGACUCCCAAAUACGUGGGUGUUACUCUGUGCUCUGAGAAUCGUUACAAAAUAUUUCUGGGUGAGAAUUUAACGGAUACCUUCCUGGAUAUUGGAGACAACUACGGAUUAGGAGAAGAUCACUGCGAGUUUGUUGGAGCUAAAACAUCGAGUCGAUUUUCAACAGUAAUGCAGCCUUACAUGUACUACUCAUUGGAAGGUUUCAUAAGAAGCCACUGGGGAGAGCAACCACAAAAAAAGACACUCACAGUUUUUAAAUCUCCGCCUUUCUACUAUGAGUGCGGUGUAACAAUUCCAUGAGUGCGAUUCUUCAUUAACCCUUUGCAUGCUGGGAAAUUUGUCGUCUGCUUAAAUGUUGUCUGCUAAAUUUCUAAAAUUAGCAUUUUCUUCUCUUUUUUUGUGUGAAUACUAUCAGAAUAGCAAACAGUUUGGAUCCUGCAGAUGAGAUGCCAGGUUCAGUAGCAUCUCAUCUGUAUCUAAACUGUUUGCAAAGGCCUUCAAAAUUCGGGUCCAGCAAAGAAAGAGUUAACAAUUGUAAUGGGUAAGGGUAAUCAUGUUAGAUAGUCUGAAUAUCUGGAAUGCUUAUAAGUUACUUAUAUGUUCCAAUAUACAUUGACAAAAAUGUAAAUAUGCUCAUGUUAAACAAUGUAUUAUCUUUGUGUAUAAAUAUUUAGACUUCAUAAAGUAUAUAUUUUUGGAAAGGUAAUGAAUGUUGGUACAUUGUACAUACUCAUGAAAGUGUUAUUGUGGAUAUCUUAUAUACCAUUCCCAUUCCUGCUUUUUCCUGCUGUUUACUGCUCUUGGAGUAAACUGCAACACAAUCUGCUUGUUUUCAUACUGUAGUUGUAAAAUUAUAAUAAACAAACACAAUUAACAUCUGACAGUGAAUACAUUGAAGGAUAUCCACAUCAACUCUACCAGAGAAUACUCAAAAACUACUAAUUAUCAACACAGUUUAUGCACUGAUACCUUCCUAUUACUGCAACUGAGUUACCCUGUACCUCAUUAAACUUGUUAUGAUGAAUGACUGUUUUAAACGAUAUAUGCUAAAUUGUUGUGACUUUGGCACAGAGGGCAGGAGAACAAACAAGAAGGCCAUAAAUCACUCAUCUAAUACCAUAUGAAAUAAACAUUUCUGAGAAGGCUGAGUUGAAAACAAUAACAAAAUGUACUUUAUUAAACAUAAAUAUUUAAUUUCUGCAGACAUUUCAAUUUUUGUACUGGACAGGCAUGUUUUUGAAUCAAAGGGCAAUUUGAUUUGCAUGCUUCAAUGCAAAAACAAGUAAACAUUGUACAUUAACAUCUGUAUUCCAGUUCAUAUAAAUGUAUUUUCUAACCUCAUGUUAAUUCGACAAAUCUAAACUUAAAUUGUUUAUCAUAAACUGAAUGAAAACUUAAAAUACAAAGUGACUGCUUAAAUAACAAGAGAUGUGUUUGUCAAAAACACAAUGCCCCCUUCUGCGCUACUUAGAUUUUUUUAUUAUUAUAUCACUUUAAAAAUAUUACUUCCCUUGUAAAAAUGAUCUGUACCUGCCAAAUGAUAAAUAGAAAUAGAAUAGAAAUUAUCUCCCUUUAAAGCUUGUUACUUCCCUUGGAUUUGUUUUCUUGACUUUUGACCUUGAAGGAUGACCUUGACCUUUCACCACUAAAAAUGUGCAGCUACUUGAGAUUGACACAAUUAAUAUCUUUUCAACAAAUAUUUGUACAUAUACUUUGUUUUGUUUAACAAUGGAAAUGAGAACUUAUCUUAGCAACAGAUUAGGCUCCAUUACAUUUAAUUAUUGAUGCAUUUCACUGCCAGUUUUGAUGUUAAAGUUAUUUGAUAUAUGCUGCCCACAGAGAUGUUUUGCAUUCAAUAAAAACUACCUA